AUGAAAUUACCCUAUUUUUCCAGUGCUACGUCCACUGCCACCGCCAUACUAUUCCAUAUCAAUGCUGUUAUCAGUUUUCUUAAGAUAAACUUUGUUAUAGUCAAGGGAAACAAGCCUAUACUCCCAUCUACACUUCCUUUAGUUCUAAAGGGAGAGAUUUUUAUGAAAGAGUCCGAGUACAAGCAUUUGUCAUCAAUUAUCACAAGGUAUAUGAUGAUCAAAUGCUUGUUCACUGUCAUCAGGCUGGUCGCUCUGAUAAUUUUGUCAACAAUCGGAUACACAAAUUUGAAUCAAUCAAUCUUCUCAGCCAAAUAUACAGGAGCAAAACAAGAAAUUAGUGCAGGCCAGAUUCAGUACCUCUUUGUAAAUUUGUUUGUUAGUCAUUCGAGUCAGAAUGAAUUUGCAUGUUUACAAUGGUACAAGGAGAUUGUGCUUCAGCCCAGAGCAGGAGAAGGAGUUGAGGCAAAUGAGGUGGGAUUCAAAGAUGAUAGCAUGAACAGUAUUCUUCAGGUACAUAGAAUCUGCUAUCCAGUUGCAGUAGGUGAGCACCUUGGUUUAGAAGGCAAAGCUCAGAUGUGUGUUGUUCCUUUGCUAGGAAAAAUAUAUUUUUAG